AAAUGCCGCUGCCAAGAUGAAACGUAAUGAUAAAGGUAUUUGUUAAAAAAUACUAAGAGAGUUGUAAAGUUGCGGUUUUCUGAUGAGUUGGUUUUCAUCGUUGACAGUAAAUUUCGCGUAUUUUCAUUAAAAAAGGCCUAAAACCCUCCAAUAAUGUUCGAAAUGAACACAGCUGAACCAAUGCAGGUUGAUAUUCCCCCAGAAGAUAAUGAAAACAAUGAGACGGAAUGCUACGUCGUUGAAAACCCCACCUUGGAUUUGGAAACAUACGCUGCGUCAUAUACUGGUUUUGCAAAACUUUAUAGGCUCAUGUUUGUAGCAGACCACUGUCCGUCAUUGCGAUUGGAAGCUUUGAAAAUGGCCAUAUCCUAUGUCAUGACCACAUAUAACGUAAAUCUGUAUCACACACUGCAUAAAAAACUCUCAGAAGCAGUGGCAUCAGCAGGACUGCCUGAUAUAGCAGGUUCUCAAGAUAUUCCAGUCUUAGAUACUAUUUGGGUAGAAUCAAAAACAAAAAAAGCUGCCAUAAAACUGGAAAAGCUAGAUACUGAUUUGAAAAAUUAUAAAACAAAUUCAAUCAAAGAAAGUAUCAGAAGAGGCCAUGAUGAUUUGGGUGACCAUUAUCUAGAUUGUGGAGAUCUCACCAGUGCCUUGAAAUGCUACUCGAGAGCUAGAGAUUACUGCACAAGUGGAAAACAUCUUGUCAUGAUGUGCUUGAAUGUAGUUAAAGUUUCAGUAUAUCUUCAAAAUUGGGCUCAUGUUCUAAAUUAUGUAUCUAAAGCUGAAGCGACCCCAGACUUUAAUGAAAUUCCCGGAAAAGACAGCAACCAGUCAAUUUUAACUCGUUUAAAAUGUGCAGCAGGAUUAGCCGAGCUGGCAACGAAAAAGUAUAAAUCUGCUGCAAAACAUUUUUUGGCUGCCAGCAUUGAUCAUUGUGAAUACCCAGAAUUAAUGAGCAGUAAUAAUGUUGCCAUCUAUGGUGGACUUUGCGCACUUGCUACAUUUGAUCGUUCAGAGUUGCAGAAACAAGUCAUAGUUAGCAGUUCUUUUAAAUUAUUCUUAGAGCUAGAGCCCCAAUUACGUGACAUAAUUUUCAAAUUCUAUGAAUCCAAAUAUGCCUCGUGCUUACGGCUGUUGGAUGAAAUAAGGGAUAAUCUUUUGUUGGACAUGUAUUUAGCACCACAUAUAAAUUCUUUAUACAUGCAAAUUCGCAACAGGGCUUUGAUUCAAUACUUUAGCCCUUACUUGUCAGCUGAUAUGAAAUUAAUGGCGGCUGCAUUUAACCGAUCGGUGAUUGCCUUAGAAGAUGAACUAAUGCAACUUAUACUUGAUGGGCAAAUUCAGGCUAGGAUUGAUUCACAUAAUAAAAUAUUAUAUGCAAAAGAUGUAGACCAGAGGAGCACAACAUUUGAAAGAAGUUUAGCCAUGGGAAAAGAAUACCAACGGCGUACGUCAAUGUUAAUUUUGCGUGCUGCAAUGCUCAAAAACCAAAUCCAUGUAAAGAAUAUUGGCAGAGACAUAGGACCUCAAAGUGGAGAAGCUCCAGGCUCCAGUACUAGUUUGAACACUCGCACUUUCGAUCCAGUACCUCUGUGAUUAAAAUAUUUGUAAUAUUAAAGGUAACCUUAAAAUGUAAUUCACAUUGCAAUGUUUAUGAGGCAUUGCUCUAAAUAUGACAAGAAAAGGCUUAUAAAUUGGACAUUUAAUGAAUGAGAACCUGUUACUGUCUAAUAGUCAUAUUAAUUAUUGAAACUGAUGUAGCUCUUUUAAAAUUAAUUACAUAUGGAUUUCUUGUUUGAAAAGUUCUCUGUUCUUUCUGCCUUUUUAUGGGCGUUUAUUACUGUGGAGAAUUUUGUAUAUUAAAAAAACAUUCUCAAUAUACGUAUUAAUUUAGAGAUCUCCAUAAAAAAAUUUUUGAACACGUUGAGUUUAAGGAUAACUAAUUCGUCAACGAUAAGUGUUGAAUAAGCUGUUAGUGGAGUAUCCAUUGUCAACUUUUGUUUAUAAUGAACCAUUCUAUGUAACCGCGAAAUAUUGUCUACGUAAUUUCAAAUAAAAAGUAAAGUCU